AUUUUACGCUCGUGUUUGCUGUUAAAAAUACCGUUGCCAGUUAAAUUAAAAAAAAAUUCUAUUCAAGCUGGUUCACUCUACCUCGAGAACGUAUAUAUUUAACCUGGAUAAAGAACAAAGGUUAAUAUCAGUGGCUCCAAUGUUGAUAACUCAUAAAGGAAAUGUUUUAAUCAUGAAACUUUUGCCUGUAAUCGUCUUUCUUCAAAUUUAAAUAUUUAACAAGAUAAUAUCGAGAACGAACUUAUAAAUGUUUCCUAAUAUCACGGUAGCAUUCGAUACAAAUACUUGAUAAUAAAAUAAGAAAACUUUGUUCGCAUACGCACGUUAUCUGUGCCUCGGUAAACACUGAUUACACAACGACAACUAGAGGAUCGUAUGCGAAAAUGUUAUUGCGAGGCAGUGGGUUGCGAUAAUGCAUCAUAGAUGAUACUUGUUUCUUUAAUUUUGUUCAAAAGUUACAUUCAUAAAUUUCUUUCUCCUUCCACUUUUCAGAGAUACAGUGAUACCUGCACGAUAAGUAUGCAUUGACCCUCGGCAUUUCUAAUGUUAACCACCACCCAAUUUAUUAUCCUCCCACAUGCUUAGUUCUAUAUAUACACGCGACGAGGACCACGCGUAAUCUAGCUGAAACGACGUGUUUGAUACUGGUAUCAAAGAAGCUCUAGAUCAAAUAUAACAAAACAAAGAAAAUUGUGUACGUAGGUGUACUUAGGUCCUCGAGUUCUGGAAAAUUAAACGCAAACCUAUUCCCUCGUUUAUCGAAGAGAGUUUACGUUGAUUUACGCGAAACGUUUGCACGACCCUCCGCAAACGUCCCGAGGAAAAAAGAAAGGAACGACGAUUUAUGGAACCGCUGCCGGUUCCUGGCACUAGUCUGUCUACCAUGGAUCAAGAGAUCCUAGGUUACCCCUUCAGCCCCCCGCGCACGCACAUGUGUAUGCGAAAUGCUCGCAAGACGUGCUAUAUUUAUAGCUAGAGAUAAAUAUACACCCUGGCUAGUCUCCAAAUUACCAUACGUACGGGCCCGAGUUCGAGUAACGGCCUAACCCCCGUAAUAGAAGCAUCGUGUCAGUGGUAUUAGUGACGUCUAUCGACGGUUUGCGAAAGUCGCGGUCUAUAAAGAAAAAUUAAAAAAAAAAAAAAGAAGAAAGACCACCGUGCGAUGUAAACCGUUUUAAGCGUUGCACGCGCGCUGAUCGUUGUCGAUAGAAGGAACGUUUUCGAAUAGUGUAUCGAUCGUAUCGUCGAUUGGUCGUCUGGUUCGACUGAUAUGAGAUCGACGGGUUCAACCUGUUCCCUCGGAAUGGAAGGCUCUUAACGACCGUUUCGGGAUAAAUUUAAUCGCGACAGCCUGCUGCGUUUGGAUUACCAUCGAUCAAGUUCCCUCGAGUCGCUAUCUAUUAAAACUGAGAAGAUCCCGACGACGUAUCGACGUGCAUCCUUGCGAGAUAUGCCAAACGUCGGAAAUCUUUCCGGAUUUUCGAUCGUCGACCCUUUUAAUUUCCCACGUAUCGUUUAUGGUGAAUGCAUCAUAUGUACUCGUCGAAGAAAGGAGACCCCCUCUGCCCCCUUGGCUUUCACCCCCAAGUCCGAUGGCCGACACGCUGCAAACGAUGCUUCAGGGAUUACAAAGAGCACGGGGGUAAGAAGGACAGCUUGAGGGACAUCACAUCGUCCACCCCUAGUCUUUCCUUCGAACAGUCAUCGGGACGCUCGUCGGAAAAUGGAAGAAGAGUGUGGUCGUCCGCCACGAAUUUGGCCAAGGAUGAUUUUAAGGGCAGCUCGGAUGCGCCAACGGCGUCAGCUGGAUGGACGUCGCUCAUGGAUCUUUCCGCCAUCGACAAGGAAGAAGAAAGAUUGGAAUCCAGGAGACCGCCAAAAUUGCAGAUCAAGGAAGUGAUAGACACCAGCAACCACCGAGCCUCGGAGAACGACGUCGAGUUCAUAAUUCAGGUGAAGAAAUCGCGGACCGGUCCUCCGAAAAAUGCUCUUCAGAGUGAGGAUCACCGGAUGGAAGGGGAAACGCCUGAGAAAGUAACAAUAUCAGCAUUCUGCACUUCUUCUUCACCGUUUCCGUUUCGGCGAUCUCUGAUCUUACUAAUCGCCUCUGGUUUAAUACACUUGGAGCGCUGUUGCUAUGCGAACUAUUCUCGCUAGAUCAUCGUCACUGUCACAUUAUGCCUAAGUGUAUCGAUUAACGCGCAUUGCGAUUAAGUGUAUCGAUCGAU